AUGGUUUGUAUGUUGCAUUCAGCCCAGAAAAUUCUAUUGUGUGUGUUUUUAGGGUCAUUCAAUAGAAGAAAAAGAAAUUCUCUCUACGUAACUGUGACUCUCCUCAUUGUGUCAGUAUUAAUUCUUACGGUGGGCCUAGCUGCUACAACAAGAACCCAAAAUGUGACUGUUGGAGGUUAUUACCCUGGGGUUAUUCUUGGCUUUGGGUCAUUUCUUGGAAUAAUUGGAUCAAACCUCAUAGAAAACAAACGGCAAAUGCUGGUGGCGUCAAUUGUCUUCAUCAGCUUUGGAGUCCUUGCUGCAUUCUGCUGUGCCAUCGUGGAUGGUGUCUUUGCUGCUAGACACAUAGAUCUCAGGCCGCUGUAUGCAGGACGAUGUCAGUAUUACUCCAAGAGUACAACUCCACCUGAGGCCGUCUGUCACCCACAACGCCGCGGGCCCUGUACACCAAAAAUCAAAACCAACACCUGCUUCUGCUGCGACCUGUACAAUUGUGGGAACAGAGUAGAAAUUUCGGGUGGCUACUAUGAAUAUAUUGAUGUCAGCAGCUGCCAGGAUAUUAUUCACCUCUACCACUUGCUGUGGUCAGCAACAAUUUUGAACAUUGUGGGGUUAUUCCUGGGGAUCAUCACAGCUGCAAUCCUUGGAGGCUUUAAAGACAUGACUCCCUCCCUCCCUGCGCUGAACUGUACGGUUGAAAAUGUGCAUCCAUCAGUAUCGUAUUACUCAAGGCCACAGGUGACUUCUUACAACACCUACUACCACAGCACUCCGCACCUCCCCCCGUACUCGGCGUAUGACUUUCAGCAUUCCAGCGUGUUUCCAGCCUCCACUCCUUCUGGGCUUUCAGAUGACCCCCAAUCGAUGUCACCAUCUCCAAGCUACAUGUGGUCUUCCAAUGCUCCUCCUCGCUAUUCUCCUCCGUACUUUCCACCUUUUGAAAAGCCACCACCUUAUACACCAUAAAAGAAAUCUUCCCCUUGAAAUAAUUGUGAACAUUUUAUAUUUAUUGGGGGUGGUGGGGGAUCUAGUACAGAAGAUAAUUUCAAAUAUCAAGUUUCUUUAUCCUGUUUCUUCUUGCAAGGCUUAUUUUUUUGAGGUUUCACAAAUGGGUCUGAUAGGCAAGGAUUUAUGACACUGAUGCUUACUAGUGUCAGUGAAUCACAGGUGACUUAAAUGGAGGCCUCUGUUUCAAAGCCAUUGAUUUUUAAUAAGGACAUACCACCUGGUUUGAACUAUUGACCCUAGUCUGCCAUACUCCACUGAGCCAGGAUGGAGUAGAGCUAGCCAGAAGCAACAGUUGCCCUGGCCCCUUUUCUGUUCUAAAAGUGAAGGUGCUUGCAAACAGCUCCACUUGAUAAUUGCUUGGCUUCCUGCAGGUGAGAGAUUGCUGAGCUGUAGGUCACAGUGCACAUCUUUUACUGGUUACAGGCUACAUCCAUAUCGAGGGAAAAGCCAAAGAACAGCAUGAGAGUUUAACUCAAAACACUAAAACAAAUGGGGAAAAAAAAAUCUGCAGCAUCUGCUGCACUGUAGUCCUUAAAUUGGGACCUUGCCUUUUAGAGCCAUUCUAGGCAGGCUGGCUUAUUUCAAAAUGCUUCUGAAGCCAGGCAGUAGGAUACUGAACAAAGUGUUGUUAGUCUCUCUGAUCCUGCUAUGAAUGAUGUUAAAGCUAGGCAGUUUGGGUAGUUAUGCAUCUACAACCCAACUGCUGAUACCUCCUAAAUGGAAAAGUGCAAUUUUCCCUGUUCUGCCAUAGAAAGGAUCAGAAACUCAUCCGCAAGUCACUGAAACACAGCGCAGCAAACUCACAUUAUUUUGUCUUUUUGGUUGGAAUUUUUUUUAGAGCGUACUUUUAACUUUUUUAAAUGGAUUGAGUCAGCUCCCUGAACAAAGCCUGUAUUUGUGGCUGUAUUACAGGCUGCCGGGUAUUGCUUUCCACUAUUGCUCUCCAGGUGUUAAGUCUCAUAUGGAUACAAUUCUACAUUAUGUAAUGUUAAAAAAAAAAAAAUCUUAGUAUGAAGUUGAUAAGAAUUUGCAGUUGUUGUAGUGACUUUCAUCUUGUCUUCAAAUGAUGAUUGUGCUGAUUGAUCUAGAUUCCAAGCAGAUUUUGCAUGCCUCCUGCAUAACAAAAAAGGAUCAGCUUUGUUAUGUGGCACAGUGCUCCUGACAGCAUGGUCUUACUCCAGGAAGUGACUUCAAAUGGCAACUUUCAGUUCAGAGUUACCCAGCUGGCACAUCACCUCAUCUCUGCUUAUGUCGGGUACAACUAUAAGCAAGCCACAUUUCUUUUAAACUCUUUAUUUCUGAAGGCUGGAAGCUCUUGCUGCCUCCAUCAGAGCAUUAACAAGGAGGCUAAAUAUUGCCCUCACUGGCACCUGUAUAACAGCAGCAGCGCUGCAGACAAAAUGUACUGGUCAGCAAAAUUUAGCUGGCAGAGUUUGAAAAUUGUUACGCAAGCUAGGGAGAAUAGUUGGCUUUCAGAUGAGAGCUGCCUCCUACCCAUGGCCUAACCAAAUCUGAAUCUGCGUUAGACAGAAAGGAUAAAGGUGACCCUCCUUCCUGUCACUUUCUGGAGUACAAUCACACUUUAAAAUGCUGUUUUAAUCCUACACAUUUGCAAAGCAUUUAAGGCAGUUUUUAACCUGAUCAUUCCACUGUUGUAUACAAGUCAAUCUAGUCUCAUAAGCUAAAAAGAGAUUAAACUUUUUAUCCGAGCCCAGCUGAGAACUUCUCUCCAAUAACAAGAUAUUCCAUUUUCACAAACCAAGGGGGUGGGAAAGGAGUAAUAUAUCCAGGAUGCUCACUGAAUUUAAAGCAGCAGCAAGCACAGAAAAUCUGCAAGUAACCUUUGCUAUAGAAGUGGAUUGUUUCAAGUGCAGCUUCCACAGGUUUGGAGUCCAGAAAUAAAUUUAACAUACUAAUACUCCUUCAGUUUUAAAUUAGCCUGGCACCUGUUUCAGCCAAUCACAUCUUGUAAAGAGAAUGUGUGCAAUGGAGAAAUAGGCAGUGACACUCCUGGUACAACUCCUUGAGGGUAAGAAAUAAAGUUGGAAGGCUACAUUACCCGAGUGUUUAAAACAAUAGCCUUUUGCUACUAGAGCUUUGAAAUAAAAGCAACUGUUCCUAUCCCCUCUCUAACUGGCUAAGAUAAAGCAUAUCCUUUGUGCCUGUCUACUAACUAAAGCUAAAAGGAACGGGAUGAUAGAGGAUAGAUCUAAGGCACAUUACAGAGCCAGCAGAGAGCAUAAUUCUUCAGUUACCAGACAAGGAUCUUUGGGAAGCAAUUGUCUUAUCUUUGACAGCAGGACUAAACCUAGGAAACGUCCCAGGCUUUCUUUUCCUUGAACCUCUGAUCUUUCAAUUAUUAUGUGCAGGAAUAUUUAAGGAAAAGCUGCAUUGCUGCUUUAAAUUCACUAUGAAAGGACAACUCCAUUUUCAGGUAUCGCUGGGAUAUUCUGCUUUAAAUACCCGUUUUCUUUCUGCGUCAGCAAAAGUAUAAGCAUUUAAUGUAAAUGCAGUAUUAUGCACUGUAUCCAUCAUUUCUUAUGAGAAUGUAAAGAUGACAUAACUCAUAUGUACCUUUUAUUACUUUACCAAAAUAAACGGUGUGAAUUUUG